GUCAGACCAUUGUCAAGUGUCAUGUCAAGCCGGCUGAUUGAAUGCUUCUUGAUUUGCUUGAUUUUUUGAAACAUACAAGAUUUUUUUGUUUUCGAUAAAUUCGUAUACUCAAGUUAUAUGACGAAUCCACCAUAAAUCUAAAAAUGUUGGCCGACACUGAAAUGACGGAGAAAGAAAUUAUAAAUGAUUUCAAAGAAAAUUAUGGGAAAGUGCGAAAAUUACUUGACGAAGACAGCAAAAAUGACCCCGAAAAUGAGCCAUAUUUGUCUAAAUACAAGGCCAAAAACAUACUUACCAGCAUGCGCGAUUCUUUGAAAAACGUUAUGAAUACUGAGUCAAAUUUAGAUCAAAUAAAACUAUUAGCUAUGCAAGGAGCUGUUUUGCUAAAUGUAGGCAUUAUUGACAUGGAGACAGAAGACUUUGCGUCCAGCGAAAAAGGUUUGAUGGAAGCCGAAGAGCUGCUAGCCGAGCAUGCUUCCAAGCCAGAGAUUGUGACCACUCUGAUCAAUGUUUACAACAAUCUGGGCAUACUCUGGUCAAACAGGGAUGAGCCUGAAAAAGCCAAAAGUUUCCUGCUCAAAGCUAAGGAACUGUAUGAGGGUUUUAAAUGCACCUUACAAAUGCCUCUGCCUAUUGAUCACAUGAUGAACAAUGCUGGUGAAGCAGCGGUAGGUGAUUUUAUGUUACUCGAAAAGGCUCACACCCUAACAUUGUACUAUUUGGCCCAGGUAUAUGGGUCUCUAAAAGAGAAUUUGAAGUCUGCUGUGUAUUGUCAUGUGACAUUGCGAAGGCAACUCCAGUAUUCUGAUUAUGAACCUAUAGACUGGGCUUUGAACUCUGCUACAUUGUCACAAUUUUUUGCUGAGCAAAAUGGAUUCUAUCAGUCUCGACAUCAUUUGGCUGCUGCUUCAACUAUCCUUGAUACAUAUGAAGAUUCACUUAGUGCAAGUGGGGAUGAUGAUGAAGUUUUUCUGGCUAAAUUGGAGACUUUGAAGCACAGGUCUGCAGAUGUGGCUCGUUGCUGGGCCAAGUACUGCCUGCUGCUGAUGACGGCAUCUAAGGCGAGGCUGAUGAAUGAUGCUGAAAGGAUGACUGAAGCUAUAACAGACAUGUCCAAUUUGAGUUUGGACGACUCUGAAAACAUAUGUGGCGGGAACAUGAGGUCCUUAAUUUUUCCUGAUAUCGACGUUAAAAAGUACGAGAAUAAAAUAAGUGACAAGUUCCUACUUACAUACCAGGACGCUCGCGAAGUGUUCUUAUGUUGCCAGACGUGGCUAAAUAAAGCUAAAGAGUAUUAUAAAUUGGAUUCUUUAGCAUCGGAUUACGUAGAGUUGGUACAGGAUAGCUCACAGUCGUACAGUUACUUGGCAUUCUUUGAGGAAGACGACGAAAGGAGGUCGAAAAUGCACAAGCGGCGCAUAGAUAUGCUCGAAGAAUUGAUCAAAGAAAUAAAUCCAACAUACUACUUACAGUAUUGCAGACAACUUUGGUACGAACUCGGUGAAGUUUAUUCAGAUAUACUCAAUAUUAAAUUGGAUAAGUUGAACAAUACUAAAGAGAAGCCUACUCCACACGCUUUGAAAAAAGUUAACAUGUUAUGCGAGAAAAGCAUUGAAAAUUAUGAUCAUUUUCUUAAUUCUGUCAAAGAUAAAAAUGGUAUGAUGCCGUCAAAGGUUGAUGUUGACCUUAUCAGGCCAGUUAUAAGCGCGUACGCUUUUAUAGGACGCAAUAGUAUGAAAAGAAUUGCAGUGGAUAAAAAUGGACAACUGAUUAAUGUUAGGAAGAGUUACGAAUCAUACAAUGCAGUCGUUGAGAUCUGUUCGAACGACCCUGAUGCUGCUGCAAUAAUGCACGAAGAAUUCAGUCUCUGCACCGAAAUGGUCAAAAUAUUACCCAUCAAAAUCAAAAGGCUGGAGACUGAAGCGCUUGCGCAGAAUUAGUAACGUUAUUUAACAAAAAUUUGGCUUGCAACAAAUAUGCUUACAUUUGAAGCUUUUACUAUUAAAGGACUUUAAUGUUGUGGAAAAUGGAAUAUGAUCUUGUUUCAUCGCAAUUUUUGUUAAAAUAUUAAUUAUGAUGAAUUAUCCGAAAUUAGAUUUAUUUAUGGUUUUUCUGAAAAUACCCACAACAGCAGCAGGGUCGGAACGAAGAUAUGGAUUGAGCAGUAUUGGCAGGAACUGUGCAAUCAUACAUAAACAAAUUAAAACAGAUAACAAUUUAUUUAUGACAUGUACAAUUGUUCACCUACAUACAAUUGUUCAUAUACAUUAUUUUACACAUUAUUGUCGUUUAUUCCAUAGUUUCCUAUAUUACAUCUUAACGAAGCAAAAUACGACUGUAUUAUACAUAUAAUAUCGACAUAUGCCUUAUUUAUUUUAUUUAUAACACACUAUCAGCUCAUGAAGCUGAUGCGUGCGCGUCUUGGAAGUUUGGAGAUGUUAUCCAAUCUGUUCUUAAAACUGUUGACUGAAGGCGCAGUGAAAACAUUCUCAUUGAGUUUGUUCCAGUCUCGAACCACACGAUUGGAUAGAAAAUUACUCUUAUGAAAAAUAACAAUAAAUUAAGUAAUGAAAUAAAAUUAUAUAACAAUUAACAUCACAUGUUUAAAACACCUAGUUACUAUAUAUAUAUAUAUAUAUAUAUAUAUAGUAGUUCUUGGGCAACUUUGUCACUUCCAUUUUUGUCUAUUACAAAACUUGUGAUCAA